GGUUGGAAUUUGGUUGGAAUCAAAAUCAAUGUGCUUGUGCUAAUGUUUAGAAUUUAGUGUCGAUUUUAUGAAAUAAAAAUGGCAAAAAGACUGCAAGAAUAUGUAAAAUAUAGCAUAAAAGAGUUGGAAUCUUAUACGAAACAAGAAGGUUCCUGUGUGCGUAAAAUAAAUUCCAACUUACAUAUAUCAUUAGGUCCAUAUUGUCUUGCCGAUUUUAAACAUGCGCUCAGUGCUCAUAUAAUGCGACGCAAAGUUGGCUACUAUGAUGACAGUCUAGAAGGUAUUGUCUUGGACAUAAAGAAUAUUAAAGUGUUGAGCAAGUUAGCUGCCUUGCGAGCGGAUGAUCCACGAAUACAUGUUGACGUGAACGCCGAUUGCUAUGUGUUCUGUCCAAUCGCUGGUGCGAUAUUGAGCGGUGUGGUGAAGCACAUUGGCAACCAUCAUAUCGGCGUAAUUAUUUACAGAGUUUUCAAUGUGAGCAUUAGGUUUGCAGCUAAGCUCAAUAAGGAGGAGUUUAAAAUGGAUGACACGGUGCAAUUUCGUAUAAAAAAUUUCAAUUUACAAAAUGUCUUCCCGUAUAUUGAAGGCGAUCUUGUGACAGCUAGUGGCGAUAAAAUUACGCAUAAAUUUAUAAAAGUUGAACCGGAAAGUGCUGAUAGUAAUAUAGAUUCUGGCAUUGAGACGCGUGAUAAUCAAGAGCUAGACGAAUUAGUAAAUCUAAUCAAGCAAGAAAAGGAAUCAGAAGAGGAAUGCACUCCCAAGAAAGCAACCAAAAACAAAGAUAAAGCUAAUUCCAGUAAAAGAAAGAGAAAAGCUAGCGAAAGUGUGGUGCCAAUUCCUACACCAACACCUAUCAAAAAAGAGCCUUCAUCGGAGAAAAGGAAACGUAAACAAGCCGAUAGUGUAGAACAAGAAAAUACUAAAACUGACAAAGCUACUGUGAAAAGUAAAACGAAGAAGACAAAUGGUGAAUUAUUGAAUGCAACACAAAUUAAAAAGGAAGAAUUAGACGAUUCGUUUACAACGCCUACAAAGAAACGACGCAAGUCGAAAAUGAUUAGUAUAUCACUUGAUAGUAGCUAGUGUUAUGCUAGUGUGGUUUUGAUUCUUCCCGAAACUCGCAAAUUAAUUGGGUAUAUUGUACUGUGGGGUAUAUUAACUGUCGCUAAUUUUAAUGUGUAAGAAGAAAGACAUUCAUGCCCGUAAGACCCAAUAGAGCCGCAUGUAAAAAGUGUAACCAACUAGUUUUUAAUAAAAUAAUCGAUAUUCGAUAUUUCUGAAAUAAGAAAUGAAGAAAAGUUUAUAACGCAAAUCGUUUAAAAAUAUAUACAUAAAUAUAUAUGUAGUAUAUAGUACUACUGCAAAUUGUGCCACGACUGUGAACACUUUUACGUUUUGAGCUAAUAUUAAAGUCAACGUGCAUGUGUGCUGAAUUACUUAUAUUUGCGAGUUGCUAUACUUGUUUUGUACAAGUAUAGAGUAUAUUUAAGUUUGAAUAAGUUAUUUUGUAAUUUAGCACUAAUAAAAUGCAGAAAUUUUAAAUAUAAAAUA